AGCUUGUUGGCUAGUAUUUCGGGUUGUCGUAAUUUGUUCUGUGAGAUAAUACUUUUGAUUCUUCGGUUUCACACAGAGCCGAGUAAGAAUUUACCAAACUGUGUUUUCGAAUCGAUUCAGAAACAUAUUGCGCAAGGUACUCUUUGAUCUUUUAAGGUCUGGCCAUCGUGAUUUUGUCUCCCUCCAUUUCGAUUUUGCAUUUAAAUAAUUCAAUUACGUUCAACAGGGAUCGUAUUGGGAAAAGCAUGAAAUUCUUCUCUGUGUGGGCAUUGUAACCAUUUUGAAAAGGCAUCGAUAAUUUCGGCGUCUUAUGCUGGUAAGAGAAACAACAAUGAAAGACAGUGGAAGAUUGAAAAAAUACAACGUAGCUUGAAAAACUUUCACCAGGUUAUCAGCUCUGCAUUAACUACGGUAAGUUUGGGAUUUGUGGCUACCUUUUUUUAUUCAAGCGAAAAAAAUAUCUUUUGCACGUUCCAGAAAAAUACCAAUCUCACUUCCUAUUUUGCUAGAACGAGCAGUUUUGACUCUCUUGGCGAAUUGCAAUUUUCUUAAUUCUUUAGAGAUUUAAAUCGACCAAUCGAAUAUUGUUUACGCUCUAGAAAGUGAAAAGAACGCCUGUUAAUUGAUGUUCUUUCUAAUAUUUUUAGCAGUUGCAGUAAAAAAAGUCUUCAUUUUAAUUUUCACGACACCAGAUGGACUGCUAGUAGCGUUUACAAACUCGGGUCUGUCUUCGAGGUUUUCGUUACUCCACAAAAUGGAUUUUACAGCAAAAAUCGGUGGAUUUUUCCGCAGUAUUAUCAAUCCAGAAGGAGAAAAUCAAAACACCAACGCAUCGACGGAGGAAACGAGGUAAAAAUCCAGAAAUUGAGGGCAUGGAAUUAUUUCUCUAGUGCCGGCUUAAUUUCAUAUUCAAUCGCGUUCUUUAUUUCGGCUGGAGACUGCGAGGGUGGGGUGAAAGUUCCGCAGCCAAUAAAGAUUUCGAGUCUUCCUAUGAACUAUCUAUAUAUACCAAACGCAUCCUUGAAUUAGAUUGGUAAAAGAUCUAAAAUAAAUGAUUUAAAUAUGGCCCCAAUCCGAGCCUUUGGUAUGUUUUGGUUUGACGGCGCGCGAAAACCCGAACGGAUCUCAUAACAUAAAAUUCCAGCUGUUGUCGUAAUUGUAAAGUCAAAUUCAUUGCUUGGAAUAUUUUGGCUUUUACUGAAUAGGGAGUCACCAUCUGAUAGAGUUCAAUAAUGAGAAGAACUCGAUACGCUUGAAUAGAACAUUCUCGUUUUGUAAAAAAAGAGGGAAAUAAUGAAAGAAAAGCAAGAAUGCAAACCUCAUUGAAAAUUCACCCGAGCGUUGAAUACUAGUCUCAUCAUAUCACGGACAAAUACAAGACUUGGAAAACAUACAUAAUUGCCCGAUCAAAUGUUUUAAUUUUGUACGCAUACGAGAGAAUCUUAAAUAAGUUAAGAACCAAUAGGAGUCGUGAAACGAUACUGGCGAAUAAUUGAAAUUGAGGCAUUAGGCGUUUAUGGGCAGACUUAGAUGUAGCAAUAUAUGUUUGUGUGGAUCUAUCUACCCAGGGUCUGUUUUGUUAAUACUGCUUAAUUAAAGCCACAGAAAUGAAUGUAGCCUCUUUUAAAUUUUUCAUACCUUCUGUGCCUUUGUUUCGAUGUUGUCUGCAUUUUAGGGCCGGCUCAAGCGAUGUGAGACAAGCUGACGAAGAGGGCGAAUAUGAUGAUCGCGACAACGAAUUCGUAGACGAUGAAGAUGAAGAAAACGCACCCGGAUACUUCCAAAGAAAUAGUUCCCUUCCUCUUCCAGGAAAACCAAAACAGGAUUCCAGUGCUGGCGCUUUGGCGUUGCAAGUCCCUAACGCAGGAACGCAGUUUAGACGGAGGUAUACCCUCGCUACACCAAGUUACGGUUUGAGCACGUUAACUAAUGGGCGAUCCGUGCCCAGUAUCACACGCAACAGGCAGAAUUUAGAAACAAGCAGCGUCGUCUCAGACGACGAGACCGUCCGAGGGAGCGCGGCGCGGAGAGACUUUGGGAGCGUUCCGGCAAGAAGUCGGAGUGAGACACCGCGAAUGUUCGCUGGAACACCGUCCAAGAGAGUUUCUAGCUCAAGUUCGGAUUGGACAAUGGACGCAAGUGUUCGGGGUGUUGGUCGUCUUCAUAUUGUAUUAGACUUUACUAUGCACACUGCUAAGCUUUCAGUGACCGUUACUAAAAUAGAAUUCCCACCGUAUCAUCAGAGGGACACGUCUUUGUUAGAAGUAAGCGUUAUGCUGUUGCCCGGAAAAAGACAGAGUUUCCGAACAAAGCCCAGAGAUUUCAAUGAACCCGUGGCCAUGUACCUGUUUCCCAAAGACAAAGUCAAGGAUAUGUCCUUGAGAUUUCGUUUAUACGAGCAGGGUGCUAUGGGAUCAAAGCACUUGCUCGGCGAGGGAACUCUCCGGCUUAGGUCUGUUGAUUUAGACUCGGAAAUGAUCCCCGCUUCAGUCGAUUUGCAGCCGCCAGGGUCGUACGUUCCCGAAGCAGCUUCGGGGGCAAUCAUGUAUGAAGGCGAACUAGCAAUUUCAGAGGAAGAUCGACCAGAAAUUCUCCUUUCUUUGGAGUAUCGUCCUUUAACGGGAAAACUCAUUCUUGAGGUUAUCAAGACGAGAAAUUUGGGAAUGCUAACCGAUUCUAAAGCGCGUGAAACAUACGUUGGUGUUCGUGUUAUUAAAAACAAUGGAGAACUAAUAAGUAAGAGUAAAACUACUCCAAGACGUCAUAUGAUAGACCCAGAAUACAACGAAAUGUUUCUUUUUCAUAUUCCUGAGCACGAGUUAAACGCCGUGACCGUUCUUCUUACCGUUACAAGCAUUUCGACAAGAACACUUGCUUUGAGAAAACAGAAAGUAGGGAGGGUAUCACUCGGUCAAAACUACAGCAGCGAAGAAGAAUUGCGCCACUGGUACGAAAUGACUCGGCGAAAGGAAAAAUCGACGGUGGCAUGGCAUAGAAUUAAUGAAAUGUAAAAAAAUCUAAACCAAAGCAAAAAUUAAAACGACAAUAGCAAAGCAUCUUACACCAAAAAACGCCGACAGCCAAUAUUAACCAAAUGACAUCCCUGAGUACAUGCUCGUCAAGUGUUGGAAUGUUGUUGUAUUCGCAUAGUGGAAUUAGAAGUCGACUUUUCAAGACAGUAGUGCUAUAACUAAACUAAGUAUCCAAGAAAUGAUUUGAUAGUUAUUUUUUAGCCCUAAAGUGAAUUACCACUUAAACAAAGUGUUAAUAAUUUUCAGGCGCCUAGGAUUUUAAUGGCGCAUGUCUUAAUUAAAGAGGCUAUGUCGUUUUUUGGUCGUAGCUAACCUGCUAAUUUAUAAUCAUUUUCUCUCACACUUCGAACCCUAAAAUAGAGAUGAGAGUUAUCAAAUGAUUCUAUGAAAGGAAAAGCAAAGGAUGAACGAUUUUUGGUCAUUUUUAGACAACCAGUUUUUUUAAGUUGCUUCCAUUCUGGCCAUCGAAAGCCAAAGACGUACAUUAAUAGUUGAGGUAUUAGAAGUAGAAUAAUUGAAAAUAAAACUGAAC